CGGAGAGAGAGAGAGAGUUACUAGAUCGAGUAGGAUAAGUCGGGGCAGAGACACGCUGAACUUGAUCGCGAUAACAUCCGAUAGCAAUGGCCGACCCGACCCUGCAAACGUUCUGCUGUCAUCAUACAAACCGAACGGAUAUGGCGAUAGCGAUAAUGCAGGAAUUCAAUACAGACGCGUACAACACGGUGUGCAUGCUCUCGUCCACGAUGGGCAUGAUAGGCGCGAUUUAUCAGAUACUGCCCCGAGAGGCUUCAAGUAAUUCUUAUCGUCGGCGGAGUUUCUCCAGAGGACGAGAUAUUAUUGUAUGGCUUGCCGUUGCUGAUCUCUUAGCGUCCUUAGGUGUGUUUGUGAGGUCGGCGCUAUGGAGGAAUUUCAAGUCCAUCAUACCCAUAGAGGGUGACAUGCCCAACGUGGUGUUUUGCGCCGUGUUAUCGGCGUGGAUCCAGUAUUUCUACAUGGCCACGUGGAUAUGGACGUUGUGCUACGCGGUGGACAUGAAGUUACUGCUGGGAGACAAAAACGGACGUCCUGCGUGCUAUCACGUCCUGGCCUGGGUGCUCCCUGCUAUUCUCACCGCGUUCGGGCUGAUCAUUCUGUACAUUCCGAACGCAAACUGUCACAGCCUGACGUCGUUGUCCAGCGCGCUAUUGCGCAUCCUUCCGAAUUACUUCGCCACGUACGUGCUGCUGGCGGUGGUCAUGAUCGCGAAUCCCAUUUUGUACGUCGCAUCGACGCGGGACCUCGAGACGGCGGUUCUCCACAGUAUGGCUCAGAUGACCGGCAGGGAGCGAAGGCUGAUACAGACGGUCAGAUUGAAAUUCGCUCUCAUCAAUGUGGUCUAUUACGUGUGCUGGACGCCCAAUCUAAUUAACGGAAUACUAUUGUGGACCCUGUGGUUUCAAUUGCCGAUCAAGGCGAUCAUCACUUUGUGGUACAUAAUGGCCGUGACAAAUCCCCUACAAGCGUUCUUCAACGCGAUCGUUUAUCAGUCGUGGACCAGAAGGGAGAAAUUGCGUUUAGAGUGUUGUCAAGAUUACAAGUCGAGCACCGCCAGUCUGCAUUUACAUAUGAUUGCCAGGACGGACAGCGACGUGCACGUUUCUGAAUCGUCACCGUUGCUCAAUCCGCAAACGGGAUACAGACAGAAAGUGCCGCAUGUCAGUAUAAACGGAUCUUCGUCUCUGUAAGAAUCUAUUUUUACUGACAGUUUGUCGAGAAGUGUAAAUAGUGUACGCCAUAUCAUAGUGUUAAAGAUAGAUUUAAUAUAUGAAGUCAGUUUUUAUACAUAUUAUAAAGUCGGACUCGUUAUCGUGCACGUUCAGGCGCGAUUUCCGAAUAAGAUUUCUCAGAGAACGUCUCGACUCGGAUAAAAGAAUAUUUUAUUAAACAAUUUUUUUCGAAAUAACUUGGGGGAAAUAUUUUACAAAAUAGAAUUUUUUAAUAUAUUACACAGAGAGAUCGUAUUAAAAUAUAGUUUUUUAUACAUUAUACAUUCGCGAUACAAUAAACAGAAAAUGGAUGGACAUAAUUUAGGUAAUAUUUAGACAUCUACAGAGAAUCGCGAUUUUGAAGCAUAACAACGAAGGUGUAAAAUAAAAAAGAAACAUCUGUGCAAGAGAGAGAGUCUUUCAAAGAAAAAGAUUCGGCGCAUAUACGCAUUUGUAAUACAUUUGCAUACAAUAAUAGACUGUUUGAUUACUUUUAAUAGACAGGGUGCCUUUUUGAAAGAUAUUAUAUGUACUUUUUUUUUACAGUAUGCGUCGUAUAAUAGUCUCAUAAAUAAAAAGAUAUAACAAAAUAGAAGAUAGAGCAUAUAUGUAUAAUAGGGGUUUCGUAGUUUCGUUAUUAAUAACAUUUUGUACUUAAACAUUACGUGUGUUAUACGCUCUAAAUACUGUUAAAAUAUAUCUUCUUCUAUAUCAUAAUAUCACGAUCAACGGCGGUCAUAUGCAUCAUCGUAUAUGUACAUAUAUAUCUCAUUAUCUAUUUUAACACCAAUCGUCGUAUAAAUUGGCAAUGAAAAAAGUACAAAAUCUUAUAUUUUAAGAAUUUUCGUCAAUAUCUGCAUUAGUCAUCUUAUCAGAAGCGAGAAAAAUAAUGCAAAUGUUAAUAAGUUUCGCACGUACGGAAAUAAUUAAAAAUGACUGCCAAGAUUUAAGAUAGAAUGAAAAAAAAAAAA